GGCGCGGGCUGGGCGUGUGCCGCGGCCGCCGGCGGGGCGCGCUCCCGCUCCGCUCCCGCUCUCCCCGCACGCACAUUGUCCGGGCGCGGCGGCGGCACAGCGCCCCGGCGCCCCGUGCCAAUGCGGGGCGGGCGCGGCACGCCGGGGGCGCCUCCACCACCGCGGUGGAAACUUCCCCUCGCCGCCGGGCCGACGCGCGGCUGAAGCCCCCGGCGGGGAGGAGCGGAGCGGGGUUUCGCCCGCCUGGGGGGGCGCCUCGUCUAGUUUGGUUUUUUCCUACGUUGGAAGGGCAGAAGCGAAUAAUACUAUUACCCGGCUUUAAACUUCCGCGCCCCGCUCUCCAGGACGCGCAUCCCGCCCGGCGGGGCGGACGAGCCGGGGGACUUGAAGCAUUCCCAGAGGAGAGGACCCUAUUUCUCUGUGGAAGCUCGUUAGCCAUCCAGAGGGUGGUGGUGCUCCUGGAAGUCCUGAGCUGGGGUCAGCUGGAAGAUGACUGAAUACAAGCUGGUGGUGGUGGGUGCAGGUGGUGUUGGGAAGAGUGCUUUGACGAUACAGCUCAUUCAGAACCAUUUUGUUGAUGAAUAUGACCCCACGAUAGAGGAUUCCUACAGAAAGCAAGUAGUCAUCGAUGGAGAGACCUGUUUGUUAGACAUCUUGGACACUGCAGGGCAGGAGGAGUACAGUGCCAUGAGAGACCAGUACAUGAGAACGGGGGAAGGAUUCCUGUGUGUCUUCGCCAUCAACAACACCAAGUCCUUUGAAGAUAUUCACCAGUACAGGGAGCAGAUCAAGAGGGUGAAAGACUCAGAUGAUGUUCCUAUGGUGCUGGUGGGGAAUAAAUGUGACCUCCCUGCGCGGACAGUGGAGACCCGGCAAGCACAGGACCUGGCCCGGAGCUACGGGAUCCCCUACAUAGAAACAUCUGCCAAAACCAGACAGGGCGUUGAGGAUGCCUUCUACACCUUGGUGCGGGAGAUCCGGCAGCAUAAGCUGCGCAAGCUGAAUCCCCCGGAUGAGAGCGGCCCCGGCUGCAUGAACUGUAAAUGUGUGGUAUCGUGACUAUGCUGUCUGGACCGUGUCUUGGCGAGGUUUCCACUGUGCAGUGCGCAAGGAAAGAGGUGAAGCAAAGGAAGAAGCAAAUGGAUUUGGAGGAGGAGUAUGGGGGGGGAGAGGAGGAGGAGGAGGAAGAGGACAGGGAGCAUGAGGCCCUCCAAGGACUAUCUCACACUUCAUCCAAGCCUGCGGCAAACAACUUUUUUUUUUUUUUAACCCCAUCCCCUCAUCCUUUGGCCUCGUCCCACCCCGGCAACUGUACAAAGCCACAGAUUGAAUCACAGUAAAUUAUUAUUUGAUCGUCUCAACAAAUCACCUUGAUGGCUGUGUCCUCCUUCCAGAGGCUGCUGCUGCUGGUGCUCCAGAAGGAUCGCUGGUGGGAUGGCAGGGAGGAAAGGGUGCUGAGAUUUGCUCUCCACAGACCAGUCAUGCUGUAGAUCAUGGAGGUGAUUGGGGUGGGAGAGACAAGCUCUCAGGGCAAGACAGCUUGUCUCUGUCUCCAGCAAGUCUUUGUUAUGUCCUCCCCAGCCCACCUGAAACUCUGCAGGCCCCAAGUUUUGGGAAAGUGGAAGAGUGCAACCAGUCCAGGCCUGUCCUUGGCACCCCUUGAGUGCUUUGCUUUCAGCCUGGUCCUUGUGGGAUCUAUGGCCUCAGAUGCAAUGCCUGGAAGGGAAGAAGUUUCAGGGAGGAGAUUCGAGAGCUGGGUUUACCUCAGCAGUUUGUUGCUUCCCUGACUCCCUUCCUGUCAGCUCUUUCUGGCACAAGACCUCCAUCACGUGUUGUGCUCUAGAGGUAGAAUUAGGACUUUGUGGUACCUUCCAGCUAUGCUAACGCCUGUAUAGCAUAUACACCUUGGGCUGCACUUGUAUGUACAGGUAAGCAAAACCUUAUCUGCCCUGUGCAUGGCUUCCUUACUGGAGAGCAUAUCGAGAAGCUGCAGGAGCUGUCUGGCUGCUCUGUAACUAAGACUAAAGCAUUCAGGCUUCUAGUCCUUGGGUUUAGAGUGGGUUAGAGUGUUUUGGAUAAGGGCUAAUCUGUUUGGAACCCUCUCUUUGCUUAGCUCUGCUCCUUUGGGGUUUUUGCCUGAGGUCUGACCUAUGUGCCUUUCACUUGCAGCCCCAAGAUAAGGCAUUGCACUCAGUGCAGUGGGUGGCUUGGUAUUCACUGUCUUUCCCCCUUCCAAGCUAUUGCACAGGCUAAUUUAGCUGGCAUCUAGAAUUAGGAGCAUCAGAGGUGGAAGGUAAUCAGCAGAGUGUGGCAGGGAGCUGUUCUGCAUGGGCUAGCCCAGGCCUGAAGAGGGGCUGGAUUUGGCAGCCAAGGUUGGUCUGGGUUUGGAGUGGCGAGGGUGGUGUGAGUCACAUGCCUCAUAUGGAAAACCAGUACAGAAACCCCGGUCACCCCCAGCACAAAGCCACAGCCCACCCGGGCUUCCUAGCAUCCAUCCAAGCAACCUCCCAUCCCACUCCCCAUCCUCCAUGCUGCCCAUCAGGCAGCAGCAGAAUUAAAGCAGCAGAAUUCAGUUCCCAUGCUCCUUGAGGGUGCUGCCUUUGCUUUUGGCCUGGGCAAGAGGGGACAUGUGCUAAUGGCUUGCUUUCUGUAAAUGCCUGUUCUGAACUGCUGUAGGGCACAACCCUCGCCCUGGCUGCAGCUGCCUGGCACCCUGUUCCUGCAGAAGGGCUGAUACCAGCUGGAGUGGGAGAAGUUGCCCAAGGGGAGAGUGCCCUGCCUGUAGCUGGGUGUGCUGUUUUCAGCAGCAUCUGUCCCUGUGCUGGAGGAUUGCUGAAGAUGCUGAACCUGAUGUCACGUGGUGCGACUGGACCAGAAACGCCCAGAAAACCUCCCACUCUGAGUUGUUUCAAUUGUGAAGCCUGAGGUUUGUUCCUAAAGUUGGCAUCUUGUGCACAACUGGCCACAGGACAGGGUACUUUGUCCUUCUAGAAGAUGACUUGGGGGCCCUUGCUUGGUGUUGUUACUGCACUAGGAACCUUGUGGUCUUCAUCUGCAGUAGAACUUAUCCCCUUCUUCAGAAGGAUGGGAUAGUAGUAGCUGGAGGCCUUCAGAGACGUAACACACUGGUGCUCUCUCAAGAACUGGAUGGUUCUAACCACUGAGAAUCUCCUCUCAUUUCUGGCUGGGAGCCAAAUGCCACAGUCAAGCACUGGGAGCUGUGUUCAAGAAGCUGAGGAGCACCAGGGCCAAGGUGUGUUUGCAGGGCAGGCAAUAGCUGAAGUUCCUAGAAACUGGUACAUCAUCGUGAGGGUAUGCUAGAACAGCACUGGCCAGAAUACAAAUUACUUACAAGAGUUUGGUGAGGAGCAGGAAGCUGAAGUAAGAGCAUCUCCCUUUCAGAGAGGUUUCUGCACUCAGGGUAAGGUUUUCAAGCUUGUCAAACAGUCCUGGUCAGUGACAGACCAUCACAGGAGCUGGUUAGCUUUUUGCUGUAAUUAGAAGAUCACAAGAAAUCCAGACACAGGUCAUUGUUCAAGUCCAUGCUAAAAGUUGGAGGUAGGUUAGGAGCAAAAGGAGGUGCUAAAAGCUUGACACCACAGCUCUUCUCCAAAAGCUAAGUUUUAAUUGUGUAUUAAUGCUGUACUGAAUCUUUGUUCCAGGAGGAAAAUCACAACAGAUCAAGAUGCAUCAGCUGUGAUCUGGUCUGAUCUUUGCUGUUGGCAAAAACCAGAUUGUAUAAUUUCUCUCGGGUGGAGUUGUUACUGUUGACUUGGCUUUUUCACUUGCUGCCUUGGUGCUGAUGAUUUGGGGACAGGACAUCAUCUUGCUAGCCGCUAACAGGAAGGAGGCUGGUACACGAGCUCACAAUGCUAGCUGAACUUCUCAAGUCUGAAAGUAAUACCAGGAUUACAGUUUCACUGGAGUGAAUGUAGGUUUGGGAAAUAAAUUGAGGGGUUUGGAGUUGAUUUUCCCCAUAGUUAUUCAAGGCACAUUUGUUCUAGAAGUACUGGGACUGGAAGAUGAAAUUUUCAGACACUGCAGUUGUUUCCCUUAUGAUAAGGAGCUUGUUGUGUACCUCAGUACUGCUUCAGAGGCACGAGCUCAGGUGAGCAGAAUGUAUAGUUAUGUUGAUUACUGCAUAGCCAAAGCUGGAAAAGAAUCCACAGAGGUGAGUUUUUUGCUAUAUUUGUGUAUAUCAGCUCAUCUCUGGCUAUUGUGAUCUCUUCAGCUGGCCAUGCAAAGCUGAACUAAACUUGUGCUGUGCUGUGGAUCUCCAGCCAGUGUGAAAACCAGCUCUGAGAAGGCUUCAGUCAGCAUCCUACUGAUUAUGUUGAGACUGCAUAUGCCUUGAUGGAGAAGUGCCACCUUUGAACCUGUACUUAAAUGACAGAAUAGCUGACAAGGUCUGUUCUAGUCUGGUCAGGUCCAGAUGUCUCAGGACAGACAUAUAAUACAUGUUCUUCUCUCACAUCAUUCAAGUGCCCCACACCCUGUUACAGAGGGGUUGGGGCACCAGAGACAUCACAGCUGAGUCAUCUGCCAGAAUUGCUUACAAGUCCUUAAAAGAUGCUGAUCCAGUGCGUGAACAGAUCUCAUGCCUUUUGGUCUAUGAGGGCUUCCACCCUCAUUCUCCUAAGCCAGCAGAGAGGGUGACUCCAAAGCAGGUGAGUGCAUGGUGCUUGCUGAGGGCUUUGGCAAAGACCUGGGUUGUGCAGGAGCUGGCAGCAAGGACUCAGUGCUGGAGUGAAACCUGAGAUGUGAGGGUGGUGGUAGGGGCAGCUGAAUGAAAGGCUGAGUUUUACAGAGCAGCAUUGGCUACAUGCUGGCCUCAUCCCCCUCAUGUGCAGUGUGGUUGGGUAGAGGAGCAGACCAGGUUUCCCUUCUGGACUACAGCCACUGCUGCAAACCUUUCCAGCCUAAGUACUUCUGUAUCACUUCUUGCCUUCACCAUAAAGGUAAGCAAAGCCACUUGAGAACCAGCUUCCCCAAGCCUGAGGUUAUCUGAGUCUGUAGACUUAGAUGUGCCAGGAGCAGGGCUCUGAUGUGAGGCCAGGCUGAGUGGUCUUCAGGGCACCAGAGUGGCCCAAGCUCUUAACUGGAAGAGGGGCUUGUGAUAUUGCAUCCCAUGUAGCCACAGGUACCUCUAAGGGAGCACAUACCAGUUUUGAACAAAAUCAGAAGUUUCUUUGUUUAUCUUUCUCUGUGUCUUAAGGAGGAGACUGUUUCACUGUGUGGAAGAAUAGCCAGGCUAUGUGACUCAAAUCCCUUGGACUCGUGUCUUUGUGUGUGCCUUCGAAGUCUUCUCCAUUCCCAUCUUGGGUUCUUUUGUAACUGUUGCUUGUGGGAUGGGUCCACCUGCUGUCUCCUGGUGAGACAUUUCAGCUGUGGUUUUGUUGUCUCCUGCACUGUCCUGGUGCCCCAUCCUUGUAGGUGAAGAGGAUGCUGAUGUAUGCCCUGUGAGCCUCCGCAGAUGCUGAGGCAGUAGGAUUUGGGAGAUGGUUUGGGAAACAGUCAGAUGUGCCUCUUUAAACUAAUUGCCAGGCUGUUAUUUUCUCCAUGUGCUGCAGGAAGGAGAUGACAUUGCUCAGAGGAUGGUGUGACAGUCACCAUCCUGGCCACCAGCAAUUGGUGGGAAGGGGAAAAGGCAGAUAGGCCUGGCCCCAUGUGCAACUCCUUUGCUCUUGCUAUGGGUUGAGGCCAAGGUCUGAAGCUUAGGAGAGCCAAGGUAUCAUCCCCAGCAGGGGCUGCUGGGACUGGGGGUGCCCUUGCUCUGCUCCCCAAGUCCCAUCCACCACUGCCACAGGAGAAGCAUGAGAGAAGCAUGCUGCUCCCACAGCAGCAGGUGAUGGAUGACAGCACAGCAGCACUGCCAUGGCAGCAGGACACAGCAGCACGUGAGCAGCACAGCAAGCCCAAUAGGAGGAACGCUCCCAGGCCCAGCCAAACUCCAACUUCCCUGCCAAACUGGCUGGGGCACAAACCUGCCAGACACAGCACACCCAUCUCUCUCCCCCUGCUGUAUCCUGGGAGCAGAGCCUAAACCAGCACAAAGCCUUGCUCCCUCCUUCAGUUUGGCUCUGCUCCAGGCUCCACUUAGCAUCAAUUAUUCAGUGCCGACUGGCUGAAGCCCUGCGGAGGCACGCAGGGGUUGAUGAGCUUUCCAUGUCGUGGGAGGUGGGCAGGGAUGGUGAUGAGCACAGCCGGGGCCUGGCAGACAGCCAGAGAGCAGCAAGGACAAAUGUGGUCUCCUGCCUGACCCAGCUCCUGAGCCAGGAAGGACAGGAGCCACAGGGGGGCUGCCAGGUCACCAGAGCUGAGCACAGCUUGGAGAGUUUGCAGUUCUGCCUUGGGGACCAGCCCUGGGAGCUGGAGAGCUGCUGUGAUGACAGCAGUGGCUCAACCAGGAAAAGGGGGAUGGAUAAUAUGGCAAAUACCAGCUGCCUCAAUACCAUCUAUGGCAUUGAUUUGCUGCUGGUCACAAUGCUGUCUAGCAAGGGGGUAUCUGUAACCUUGGGCUUUGGGAUUGUCCUGCUCUUUGUCCCCUUCAAGCAGCACCCAGGCCCUGGGGGGCAUAGGCAUAGGGCAAGGGGGACUGCUGGAAUGACACUGGGGCUGUCUACCCUCCCAUACCCUCAGGGACACAAGCACUUCCUGUGCUGACACCUCCCUGCUGCAGGGAGCAUGCCAUGACCUGGUGCUCCUGGCAGCAGCUGGAGCUGGGCCUGGCAUUCAGUCCAGGCUGGACACCAGGCAUGGCUUAUGUUCAUCCCGAGUUUUACACUACUCUGGUAAGAGAGAGAAGGGCUUAGGCUUACCUGUGGGCAAGUCCCAGGGGUGAUCUCCUCCGGGUGCUUGGCACCCCACAACCAUACCUGAGAGCCCCAUCAAGCACCAGUUCAAAGCUGGGUACCUCUGAGGCUGCUGCAUUAGCUGGAGGGAUGCUGUCGUAGGAGGUGGUGGAGCCAUGCCUGUCCCUGGUCCCUGCAGGGACAGGGUGAGAGUACCACAUCCACAGCUGGGCAUGUGCAGAGAGUCUGGGGAUCAAGGAUACCAAUAAGCAGUAUCUUACUCCAUUUUUUUCUCAACAACCAAGUGAACCAAGGCUGUUUAAUGGAGGAACACAACCCUCAAACCUAGCACAACUCACCUUCCCUUGGGGAAGCUGCCCUUCUGGACACUUCUGCUCUCUCCUUGACAGGGAUGCUGUUUUGGCAGUUGGAUAAAUGCUAUAUCUAAACCCUGCACUGCCUGUCACGUAGGUAACCACAGCAGACGUUCAAAUCUGAUCCCACCUGGUACUACCUGAGAGCCAACAGGUUCACAAGAGCUGGUGGCUGGGAGGUGACACGAAGCAGCUUGUGCAAUGAGACUGCUUGUGAGUACCUGGAACACAGAAGGGAUGAGGUUUGCUUCACUCCAGCCUGGGGAUCUCACCCUUGUUCACAGUGCUGCAUCCUUGUGCUGGCAUCCAGUGUGAAAUGACACAGAUGUGCCAAGUGCUGCAUCCUCAGGGUGCUUCUGUACUGCUUCUGUACUGUACACACUGUGGUGUUCAGUGGUGCUGGGGCUUUCUUUUUGUUUUUCUGUGUGUUUCAGACCAAGUUUUAACCAGUAAAUAUAAAUGAGCUAACUUAAGGGCA